UAUCAGUUCGUACGCUCUCGUUCCUUGGUGAAGACACACAUUGCCCACGAACCCUGUUCAUCCCAAACAGAACCCAACCAUAUGCACAGCAACUAGCAACCCUACCAUUCUGAUCUAAUCCCAAUCAAUCCAAUUUCCUCCCGCAAGAAACACAAUCUCGAGCCAGUCCACAACAAACAAGAAUACCAUGGGCUACGAUCCGGAACAUUUUCUUUGCCAUGCCAGCAACAACGGGAGGGGCCUCGACGAGAGCCURAUCUGCGUGGUGUGUCACUCCGUCUACGACACCCCAAUGGUGCUGGAUCCGUGCGGGCAUUCCUUCUGCCGAGGAUGCGUCGCUUCGCUGCUGGACAGCGGCCACGAGCACUGCCCGGUCUGCCGGACACCGAUGAUCGAGGGGGUCGGGGUGGGCGUCCCGCCGAACCGGGCCCUCAAGGAAUUGAUCGACAACCUGGAGGUYRGGUGCAUGGUUGUUUCGGAAGAGGAGACAAAGGAGAGCGGAACCACCACCAACGACGGCAGCGAGGGCGAAAGGAACAACAGCAAGAGCAAGAGCAAACACCCUUCUGUUGGUUGCUCGUGGACCGGCAAGCUGUCCGAAUUCGAGGCCCACGCCAGGAACGAAUGCCCGCUGCGGAGGGUCUCCUGCCCGAUCGAGGGCUGUUGCUGGGAGGGACCCCAUUGCGGCCUCGCGCAGCACAACGCCGAAAGCGUGGCGCUCCACACGGAGCUCCUGGUGGCCUCCAAGAUGGACCAGAUCAGGGCCGAGUUGCUACGGCACCAACAGAACCAAAGCAACAACGGUCCUUCCGGGACUUUCGGAAACGGAAUCGGAGACUCGGACGGGGACGUUCGGAGGAGCAGGAAAGGACUCACCGAAGACAACGACGACAACAGCGACAAUGCACGCAACAAUGCCUCCGAAGCGCAUCCGAAUCCCAACGGCACGACCGACAACGACGCCGGCUCGGCCGUCGCCAUWRUGAAUCGCCUCGACGCCAUGGAGCGGCGGUUGUCCCAGAAGGACCGAGAGAUCCACACCCUCAAGGCACGGCUGCUGGACAACUGGCUCUCGGACCACUUCUUCCGAAGCUGGAUCCUUUCCAAGCCGCCGUACUUUCGGGACUUUUGCGUCUACCGGCCCAUCCAGCACCUGACCGGGCCGGUUUCCCAGAUCAUCGCCGGGAUACCCGGUCCCUCCGGGACGGACUGGGAGGGCGGCCUGUACCCGCUGCUCGUCACGUGGACGGCGGAGGGAUACGAGCGAAAGGAGCCCCCCAAGUGCGACUUUCCGGACGAUUUCUUUCAUCCGAACGUCUACGAGGGAAACGUACACGUCAGCACKCUCCUGGAAUUCGAGGGAUCGUGAGUACAGCAACGGCCAAAACACGCCACUCCUUUGUCGGUGCGGAGCCCGGCGAGCCGACGUCCGCGGCGGGCUGCCCAUUGGACACCUUGCACGUUUUUUUUCGUUUCCCUCUCGACCCAUUGACUAAUGGCCUUGUGCUUCUUUCUUUCUCUYUAUCUUUCUAACAUCCAAACAAACACGUUGCGGUGCAAUCCAUCAGAUGGGAUCCUAGCAUCACCUUGCCGGAACUCUUCUUCUGCAUCCAGCAGCUCUUGGUYCACCCGAACCAUCGUGGAUCCAUGUCGUCGUCGGGGGAGGCCAUCUACGACCCCGACGAGUACAAGCUAGCCGUUCUUCGGCAAGCCAAACGGUACGAGUACCAAAGCAGCAGCAGCAGCAACACCGACGGCCGCUGGAAUUCCCAGUUCCUAGAACGGGCCAUGGUGAAACUCCAGUCCAAGAUCGAUCCGGAAUACAAACGGCCUCUGCAGCCCUGGGAAAACGAGCGAUGGGAGAAUCUCGAAGAGGUUCGGUGGAAGGGAAAGCGUUCCUUUCAGCUGACGGGCGAGGAGGCGGCGGCGGAUCCGUACCGGCAGCGUUUCAGAGACGAAUCCGUUCCGCGCGCUGGCAGCAGCAGCAGCAACAACAACGACAGAAGCAGCAGCAACAACAACAACGGCAACGGCAACGACGACGACCCCAACGAGCAGCUGGUACAGUUCAUCAUGACCAGCUCGACCGAUUCUUCCAUGCGCGACGAGCCUCCUCGCAACCCAGACGGAGAGGUUUGCGAGUGCUCCUGUUGUUUGCAGGGGGGAUCGAAUCGCAGUUUCAUCGACAAGGAGCAAAGGAUGAGAUAUAUUUUUGGCGAGGGUGCGUGAUGCGAAACGAAACGAAAGAAUGCCCCCCCCGGUGGUGCGAUUGUCCCGGUCUGGUUUGCACCAAACCAAAGACCAUGCGACGAAGGGGUGCGUUUAUGGACAGAUGCAUCGUGGAUCCAUGUCGAAUUCGUCACGAAAUGUCGAGGAGGACGCACUCGCGGGGUGCAAGGGGAGAAGACGCCAAAGUUUCCAUUGCACGGCAGCAUUUUACGAGUACAGAUGUUCCACAGCCAACAGCAAGAACAGAAAAAGCAUCGAAAUGGCGGCAAUGCGUUUUGAAUUGGCACACAAGUUUUUGGAAAAAAACCUUCCUUUCAUCCAUCAUGGAAUAGACGAGCGGUGUCAACGCCAACAUUUUGGGUCGGUUGGAAAUCUGCGUUUGGCGUCUCUAGUGGAUACCAGGAAUUGGAGGGGCAGCAAGAAUUAUUGUUGGUGCAUCGGGAGCUGGAGUGCGUGCUGGCAAAAGCAACCCUUUCCCCAGCAGGUGCAUUAUCCUUUCUUGUCUCCAUGCCUUUACCACUAGUGCUAGGAACACCGAGUCCUUGACACACCAGUAACAGCAGCUCAAGGGCCGCAUAUUAGAAAUCUGUCGCUGUUUUGACUAUUAAACCGAAUCUUGCCGACCGAUUCAGGACCACCGGCAAUACAACUACUAUUAGUCU